AUGUUCUUCAUUGGAUACGCUAAGAGCUGGUGUGGUCAUUCAACGCAAGAUGCACUCAUAGACCAGGUUCUGACCGAUGUACAUUCCCCAGAACGAUACCGGGUUAAUCAGGUUGUCGCCAAUCAGCCAGAGUUUGCUGCUGCCUUCAAAUGCGCGAUUGGUACUCCGAUGAAUCCUACUAAACGUUGUGCUGUUUGGUAA